GAAGCUACGGAAAGCCGCUCAGUCCGAGAAAGCUCGGAUUGAUCAUUAAAACCCGCAAACUACGCACAACUGCACAACUGUUCACGGAUACAGGUGAAGAUAGAAAUUAUUUAAACCAGAAUGAGGAGCAGCAGGUGUAGUGUGCAGUGGGGGGGUAUGCUCCUCUUUUUGUCCUGCUGUUUUCUGUGCGCUCACGCUCAGAUGAACCCAGACCACCACCACCAUCAGCAGCAGAUCGUAGAAAGUGCAGCCAGCCAACAUCGCCUGGAUAGAAACAUGGUUCAAGACAAAGACCACAUCAUGGAGCAUUUAGAGGGCGUCAUAGACAAACCAGAGAAAGACAUGACGCCCCAGGAGCUCCAGCUGCACUAUUUCAAAAUGCACGAUUACGAUGGGAACAACCUGCUGGACGGGCUGGAGCUUGCAACAGCAAUCUCACAUGUACACAGAGAGGAGAGAGGAGAGAGCAGCCAGCCAAUGAAAGAGGAGGAACUCAUUGCCCUCAUCGAUGACGUUCUGAGGGACGAUGACAAAAACAAUGACGGCUACAUAGAUUACGCAGAGUUCGCCAAAUCGCUGGAGUAGAGCGUCUUUCUGUUGCUUCCCGUCCACGACGACAGCAAGGAAUCAGCAGAGAGGCUGGAGGGUGAGCGUACCUGCAGCCAAAACUGAGAAGCCGCAUCACUUUUUAGAAGACCAUCUUUGAUUUCUUUCUUACAGAUUAUCGGUCAGGAGUAUCAAUCGUUCAUGAAACUUCUGACGGAUGAUUUUUCAAGCUGAAUCAGCAGUAAUCUGAUAAAUGACAAAAAGGGUGGAACACAGGAUGGUGGACUUCUUUUUUUGUGUGUGUGUGUGUGUAGAUGCCAUUUUGAAGGGUCAGUUCACCUAAAUUGCUAUUUUUCUAGUUAACCCUUAGCAGUAUACUUUCAGAUCUGAAUCCCCCGGUUUUGGAGCUGCAUAUGUGCAGCUGCGGAGUUUUGAGACAGCCUCAUUCACACACAGCCCUGAACGUUUGAAGGAUCAGUACUCUGAGUGGGUGGAUUGGACAGUAUUGGUUCUUUAUUCCCUUCUGUUAAACUUCUUUAUAUUUUUGCUUUUCCUCAAGACGUUUUUUUUAAUAUAUAAAAAUAAUAAAUAAAUAAAGGAACAGGGAGUGAUUAAGGUACAACAAGCAGGUGGUUAACUGAGGCCUGGUUAACCGCCUGUAACUUCCGGUUUCCACAGUGAAGCUUGGACUUCACUAUAUUCUGAAUGCUGCACUCUAAGCAAAGCUGCCUUUGAUUUUGGGUGAACUGAUCCUUUACAUGUACAAAAGCUUGGGUAGAGUGUUUUCUUUUAGUGGUGCUACACUUUGAUUCUCUCUGGCAGCACAACAGUCUGUAAAUAGAGUGUUCUCACAUUAAAGGGGACCUGUUCUACUCAUUUCCAGUUCUGUAUUUUUAUUCUGGGACUCUCAAGAGUAGCUUUGUGUUAUUCAGAGUUCAAAAUAUGCCUUAUUGAUCUUUGAUUGGCCACUGCACAGACCACAUUAAGGAUAUCUGUUCUCAUCGACAUCAUACUGAAAAUAAAAAAAGGUAAAUGGAGCGUUUAGAUUAAUCUGAAACCUGAGCUUUACUUUAAUAUACAGCCAAGAACAUCCAACACUGUAAAAGUGUAUUUAUAUGACAUGAUGGGUCCCCUUUAUACAUCUGCUUCAGAUGGACACACUCAUUUACAAGCACACUCAUCCUGAACACAGCGGGCCAAAUGGUUCCUCCUGUCAAUCUGUUUAAUUUGCUGUUUAUGUGAGGAUGGUUCCCAUGACAACAGAAAGUGACCUUGACUUGAUCACGCGCACAGUCCGUAUGUUUGAUGUGAAGCCCGAGGCUGCAGGUUACAGUAGCAGAAAUACUGUCUGUGUUUCAGUGAUAAUCGCCGAGUCAGCAGGAGCUCGACACACACCUGUCCUCGCAGAGUGAAUGUAAAGCAGCGGCGUGUUGCAGAUUCUUCAUCACUGGAUAAGCUAGACUAAACGCACACUGCCGUUAGUUUUUAAAGCGGACUCUGUUUUACGGGCUUUCAGAAAAGCACUUGAACACAACACGUUUGCUUCAGACUUUAACUGCCUUUAAAACAGACGUGAGUAUAAUAUGUCAGGUUAGGUCUGUUCAAUUCAUCUGUGAUUUCUUCUCAAGUAGUUUUAUUUUUUUGCCACACGUUGAUGACUUCUCUAUAUUUUUGCCAUCUAGUAUUAACUCUUCGGUCAACUCAGGUUGUUCUGAGUGCAAAUAUUUAAAAAGCAUAACAGACGCGACUGUGUUGUCUCUGUAAUGUGAAAUAUUAAAAGAAGACUGUAUUCUGCA